CACGGUCAUUCAAAGUCUCGAACAUGAAUACUGUAAAAAAGAAAAAGUCAGUCUUACAAUGAAUUCAUGCAAACCCCCAAUUUUCUCGUUUUCAACCUUUAAAAAAAAAUCUUUCGUGUGAAAGCUAAAACUAAUUUUUGGUCUGCAGAUAGCAAGGAUAAGAAAACAUCAAUUUCGAUUGCUAUUUACGUUUAACAUCAACUAUUUACUUUUAAUAUCAACUAUUUACCUUUAUUAUCAACUAUUUACGUUUAUUCUCGGCUAGUUACGUUUAAUAUAAACUAUUUACGUUUAUUCUCGGCAUUUUACGUUUAAUAUCAACUAUUUACGUUUAUCAUCGGCUGUUUACGUUUAAUAUCAACUAAUUACGUUUAUUCUCGGCAUUUUCAUGACUAUAGACGUCUAAUUUUUUAAAAACCGUUUUAAAAGAAAUUGAAAAAUCUAUUUGAAUAAAGUAGAAUAUCUAGUGCUUAACAUUUUAUGCAAUAUUGCUCUCAUUCAUAUUAAUAAGGUUUUAUAUUUUACAUUUUAAAAAACCCACUUACAGACUGUUUGCCCAUGAUGCUGCAUCAACUCUUUUGCAUUACUACGUAUAUAUGAUAUUGUAUUGAGAAUUGUGUAUUCCAUCUUCAAUAAGCGUUGAGAUUGACAUAAUUUAUUUUGCGCUUGUGUGAGAAAACCGGUAGAUUUAUGAUUAUAUUGUGGCACCAAUAUUCAUGAUUCAUAAAGUUUAUCAAUAGUGUACGGGGAUGGUUCAGAACACUCUAGUUAAUUAUUUUUAUCUUCUCCUCCUCUCUCAAAUGUCCAUUCACUGGAGGAUAUAAUUACAUAGGCCUGCGGGGGCGACAGCUGACACUAUAAAAGUCAGAUCGGACACGGACAGGAAACUUUGGCCUAUACAUUGAGUUCUUUCUUAGUCAUGAGGUCCAAGAACCCAGUGCCACAAUGGAUGAAGUAACGUUACUGUUAUAUCUCUGUGCUCUUCACAUCAUCUGUGUAUAUACUCACCCUGGUGAGGAAGGUCCACGCCGCCCCAAUGAUCUUCUGGACGAGAACACCACUGGGGUCACUUCUUACAAGUUUGGAACGGAACACCUGGUUCAAAUUUUACCGUCACAGCAAGUAUAUACCGUCAAGAUACUACCCCCAGUUGCUUUCAGAAAUAAACGUGUAUUUCUAGUGAGGAAGUCAGAUUUAAUGAACACUCAUGUACCACAGGAUGGAGUUCUCAGAACUCAGAAGAGAGAACCCCAGAAAAGCAGCUUUAUAUACGGAGGUGAUGACAGGGACUUAGUGGAGCCUUACAAACUCGGUCAGUAUCCGUUUUUCAAUGUAGUAAAGCUGUCCUCUGGUUGUACAGGAACGCUGCUCACACCAUCCUACGUCCUCACGGCUGCUCACUGCGUUCACGAUGGAACCAAAUUUCACGACAACAUGGAAAUGCUCAAACUUUUAAUUCCCCAUAAGUUGGGGUACAGACUUCAUUACGCUAAGGAAAUCACCGUUCCUUUUGGUUGGCAGAAAACAGAACUGGUGUCUGACGCACGCCGCGUACCGUUUGAUUACGCUAUCAUACGAUUAGACAUCAGCGUUUUUGGACGCCAUGACUUCUCACCACUACGUGUUAUCAAAUCCAGUAUUUAUUCCCAGAAACUUUGUUUCUUUGCUUUUCCAAAAAACAAAAAGCUGAUGUGGAAAUCAGAAUGCAAUGGCUGGAAUAGCUUUCCGUGGUUUAACCAAAACAUUCUUUUGAAUAAAUGUGAUUCUGCAAGAGGUAACUCGGGUGCUACGAUUUUGGCUCAGGACGAUCGUCAUGGUAAUACGUAUAAAAUUAUUGGCGUUCUAUCCAGUGUUUUGCCGGAAAAACAUUACACUUCAUUUAAUCUUCUAACUAAAGACAAGAUCAGUGAUAUAUGCACCAUGAUGCACCCAGAAGGAAAAGAAUACAACAUAUGUCCACAACACGAACCCUUGCUUCACUCCACCAGAAUUUACAAAGGUUGAUGGAUCUUAAUAACUGUUGCAUAAAAAAAAACAAAAAAAA